CAUCACAUGCAGACACCAGUGCUGGAAAAGCCACUGCUAAACACAAAUAUCAAACCUCCUCUCUACCCCUUUCCUGGUGUGACUGCUGGAGAUAUGGUGUCUUUGGGAGAAAGGAAUGAAGAGCUCUUUGAUCUGGUUGCUGCCCUGGCAUCUCAAGAGAACGACACAGUACUGCAAUCCCAGCACCAUCCUGGAGAUGUGCUGUUUGAAGUAACUAUUGAAAUCAAACCCAAGGACUGGAUUCCUCAUGGUGGAAGUGAGCUCCAGAAGGAUCUUCUUGAAUCUAUGAAGAACCAUAUCCAGGAAAACCUGAAACUUUCUGCCAACAGAGUCAAUGAAAUAAAGUUAAAGGAAAUCAAAAGGAUGAGCAGUGCCAACCUGCUGCUCACCUUCUGGCUGCACCUGAAGCCAGAGGAGAGAAAUGUGUCUCUGCUCCUGCGCUCCCAGCUGGAGGAGCUGCUUGGCACCUCAGUAGGAGUGGAGAAGCUGCAGCUUGUCUCGCUGCUUGUUGAAGAUGUGAACGAGUGCAGUGCUGGGGUCAGCCUCUGUGGGGAGGAGGCAGAUUGCUUCAAUGGCGUGGGCACGUACCUCUGCCGCUGCAAAAAGGACUACGAAGAUCAUUCUCCCACCAAGUCUGGCACCCUCUGCAUCCGUGCUCCCCGAUCAGGUAAGACAGAACAAGAAAAGUUGAGUCCUGUGGAAUACUGUUUGCAGUUUCUGUUGAAACCUACAGUAAAAGGCACAUAAUUCAGCAUAUCCUGGACAUAAGCAGACAGAAUGGAAGAAUUUUCCCUGAACUGCACGAUGUUAUGCCUUUUCCUGAUGCCAGUGGCUUUGAGCAGGGGCUCCGAUCUCCAAAACACUUUGAUUUUCUUAUGUUCCCCAGUUCUGAAAACCUGUCAAGCAUACAGGCAGGGUUGGAGAGCACCUACUCUAGCUUUAAGCAGAAGAGAAUCUUAAAACUUCAAGGAUCACAAUACCAGGGCAUCUCCAUUGGCAAGUCAAAGCUUCCUGUAACAGAAGGAUAUAAAUCUGUGCCAUAAGAAGUGGAAGAAGGAAAAAAUUUAACGGUUAUGUGACACUAACAGUUAUGAUGACCAUCUGUAUAAAUAGUAUUGACCUUGACAAUCUCUCAAAACAGAGGACAGCAAAAUUGUUAGUGCCAUAGAAAAAUAGUGUUUUCCAGAUAGUCUGCUAUGCAGAUUGGCACAGCGUCCUGGAUUGUAAAGGAAUGAUGCCAGGUUAUAGCAGCAUGCAGGUAUCUUUCAGGAGGUGCCGCCUUAUAUAUCUGUCAUACACCAAGCCAAAGUAGGAGCAACUGUUUGUUCUAAGAUACAUGAAGUGACUUCCUGAGAUGACCUUCUGAGGAGUGCAUUACAGAGCUCUGGAGAGCUUGAGGGUGGUAUGUACAGAGGGGGGCACACCUCUGAACUGCCUUGACUGCCCUGAGACAUUCCACUGAAGCUGACGUUUAUGUUAAAUGACUUCAUGCUGAUUGCAUUAUUGCAGUAAAUACUAAAUGAAUCUGAUGUUGAAUGUUUACAUUUCUUUCUCGAUAACUCUAUGUUAAUAUUACAUUAAUUAUUCCUUACUUACAAUGCUGUUGAAUGUUGAUAAAGGCUGAAUUGCUACUUGAAAUGCUGAUCCUGACAGUCCUGUGGCAGGUGCUAAAAUGUGAUUUCCAAGUCUUAGGGGAAAAGAAGGAAUACAUUACUACUUCUGAUUUAGCAGACUUCAGAAGAAGCAUA